AUGGGCUUCAUCAAAACUUGUUGCAAUACUAUCAAAGAUGAUCUUGUAGCUUUUGUGAAUGAAUUUUAUGCUAAUGCAAAGCUUUCAAAAGAUAUCAUAACUAGCUUUCUUACUUUGAUUCCAAAGUUAGAAAAUCCAUCAAGAUUAAAGAGGGUUGUGCCUUCAUUGAUCUUUAGAAAUCAAUCAGGCUUUGGCCAUAAAAAAAUGCUUGAUGGAGUUCUAUUGAUUAAUGAGCUUAUGGAUCUUUACAAGAGACUUAGGAGGGAGUGUUUUCUACCCAAAAUUGGCUUUGAAAAGGAAUGUGAUAAUGUUUUUUGGAACUAUAUUAGAAGUGUUAUGGGUUUCUUGGGACUUGGUGCUAGGUGGAUGGAUGGGUCUGUGUUUUCUAGUAGUUUCUCUAUUUUAGUCAAUGAUAGUCCUACCAAAAAUUUCGAUGCUUAUAGAGGUUUAAUGCAUGGGGACCCCAUUUUUCCUUUCUUGUUUUUAUUGGCAGUAGAAGGCUUGAUAAGUUUGGUGAAAAAUGUUAUCCUUCAGGGAGAACUUCCUACUUCUCCAUACAAAGAUCUUGCUAUGAAACUUAUUAAGAAUAUAAUUCAAAUUACAUUUUUUUUGAGGAUUAGCUCCAAUGGGGGAUUACCAUAA